GGCCAGGUCCCGUACAUAGUUUUAAAACUUGUUGUGUGAGGUAGGCACAUGAUGAGGUAUAAUGGCACGCAUGUGCAUACCCUCACACAACCUCUCUGAGCUUCAUUGAAGAAAUCUGCACGUACGCGCCACUCAUGCAUCAUGAGACGGCGCUCACUCAGCGUGGAAUAUCGAUUGCAGUAUUUGGAUCAUUUGAAAACCGAGACGGUAGUGGUCCGGUAGGGCGUUGCCAAACCCUCCACUCCCAGAGUUACUCUCUUGAGAAGACCACUAGGAUCGAUAUGUAUGUGCGUAUUUGCACUAGUGGUGCACCGUUGGAAGUCUGCACUGGCCUACUAUACAUAGGAUUUCGGUCCUCGAAUUUCUAUCUCGAGUUUCAGCUAACUGAAGCGGCAACUUCGAUCAUCACCUAGCCCCCACAAGAUGGUCCCUCAGAAUAUACGCAUUGACGUUCACCAUCAUUUCUUUCUCGACGCUCAGAAGAAGGCAAAGAAAAAUUUGGAAGUGGGCUGGCGAACACCGGAUGAAAAUUUACCUUGGAGACCGCAGACUAGUUUGGCUGCCAUGGACAAGCUGGGGGUUCAAACAGCGAUUCUCUCCCCCCCUCCAAUCUCAUCCACUUCAUAUGGAGCAGAAAACCGCGCGCAAGUAAGGCAACAGAAUAUUUACUCAUCGCAAUUAUGCGCCGCAUAUCCUAACAGAUUCGGAUUUCUCGCUGGCCUCCCAUUCCUAGAUGAUAUUAAAGGUUCGUUAGAGGAGAUCGCCUUCUCCCUUGACGUUCUUGGUGCAGAUGGAGUGGCUCUGCUAUCGAGCUAUGGAGAUGGCAAUUCUGCGAAGUAUGUCGCUGACGAUUUGUAUGAUCCUAUCUGGAAGGAAUUAGACCGAAGACACGCCGUUGUGUUUUUGCAUGGUGCUCAGACGCCUUCCUCCACCCCAUACCCUCAUCCUUGGCUUGGCAUACCAAUUUCUGAGGUCCCCAACGAGACCUACAAAGCUGCCGCCCAUCUGGUGGUUAGCGGAAAGAAACGACGCUUUCAUAACGUUAACAUAAUCCUCACACAUCUGGGAGGGAGCACACCAUUCCUUGCUCCACGCGUUGCUGCCCUUUCGCAUUACAUGGGCUGCCCGUUGACGCCGGACGAGAUCAUAGAAGAUUUCAAGAGCUUUUAUUACGAGACUGCUCUUAGCGCGCACGAAACGACGCUUACCGCAAUGACGACACUCGUACCGUCUGACCGUCUCCUCUUCGGAACUGAUUUUCCAGGUACUUGUAGGAGCUGCGCAGUGCAUUAUACAAUUGAUAAACCUGGAAAAUAUUUCGCUGGAAGACCACUGGACCUCGCUAAUAUCAUGCGCGAUAAUGCUCUUAGACUCUUUCCAAACCUAGGAAAAAGCAAAGACCAGUAUCCCGGCGGUGGACACCAGACCAAUGAUUAACUACACGACGGGCCAUAAUGCACUGUGAAUUUGUGAAAGGAGAGUCCAUGCAUUGAAGGCCGUACAAAAUGAUAAAGUAUGCAAAAGAUCAUAAUUCGAUCUAAGGUAGUAGAAAUAUAAAGAGAGGUCUAUACACCGAGCCUGGGCAAAAACAUCAACCCUGUCACGAAUGAACAAAAGCCAAAAAAAAACGUACCUUCGCUUGCUAUGUUCAUAGACAAGGUAUGAUAUAGAGACUGAAGGAAUGACCUUCGCUAAUGUUGGGAAUAG